AUGUCGAUUCAAUUCUACAAUGUUUUCGCAUACCCCAUUGUGCGCGACCAGCUGAUCGCCAAUACCGUGCUGGUGGCCCUGAGCACGGCGUCAAUCGGGCUGCGGUUCAUGUCGCGCAAAAUUAGACAAAGUAAAUUCUGGUGGGAUGAUGCAUUCAUUGUGGUGUCUAUGCUGCACACCUAUGGUAUGCUCGCCAUGCAGUACCACUAUGCACGAGUCGGCAUGCGCCACCACGUUACCGAACUUCCUGCAAUGAAUACGAUCCUAAUCUUUAAGAUGCUUAUCGUUUACCAAAUCGUCUAUUACAACGCCAUGGUCACCGCCAAGUUUUCCUAUUUGUUCUUCUAUCUUCGCAUCUUUGUGACACCUGGAUUUCGCAUGGCCGCUAGAGUGUGCAUGGGCUGCGCAGGGGCCUACUGGCUCGGAAGUAUGCUGCAGGUCUUCCUCAUCUGUCAACCAUUCGCGAAGAACUGGGAUGCUACUUUGCCUGGUCAUUGCGCUAGCAUGAAUGUCGCCUUUUCCACCAUUGGGGCCUUCAACCUCGUCACCGAUCUUCUCAUCAUGGCUCUGCCCGUACACCAUAUUUGGAAACUGCAGAUGUCGACUGGGACGAAGGUGGCGCUUUACGGUAUUUUCGGCGUGGGUUUGUUCAUCUCGGCUAUUACCAUCAUUCGUAUUCAUGUCCUCACCACCGUCGACUUCACCGACGUCUCAUACAGCAUGAUCUGGGCCGCCUUCUGGAGUGUCACGGAGCCCGCACUAGCCAUUACCAAUGCCUGUGUGCCAAUGAUGCGUCCUGUUUUCAAGGCAGCAUUUCCAGGUGUAUUUUCCUCCGCUAAGAACGCCUACUCGUCGCAAACUGGAGCCCAGUCCGGUGCUUCGGGCUCGGCGUUCAAACGGAUGCGGGAUACAGAGAGUGAGAUGCCUCUGACGCACCUGGAGCCCACCAAGAGUGGCAGUCGUGGUGUGGAGUACGAGGCAUCAUUGAAUGAUCGCUCGCAAGACGAGCAUAUGCCAAGGAGUGUGAUUGGGGAGUCAGACCGGUAG